AUGGCGGCGACGCCGAGCCGCAGGGGCCUGCGGAUUGCGGUGGAGGGGUGCGGCCACGGCGAGCUGGACCGCAUCUACGAGACCAUGGCGCUGCUGGAGCAGAAGGAGGGCAGGAAGAUCGACCUGCUCAUCUGCUGCGGCGACUUCCAGGCUGUGCGCAACAUGGACGACCUGGAGUGCAUGGCCUGCCCCCCCAAGUACCGCCACAUCGCCACCUUCUACAAGUACUACUCUGGCCAGGUCAAGCCGCCCUACCCCACGCUCUUCAUUGGCGGCAACCACGAGGCCGCCAACUACCUGUGGGAGCUGUAUUACGGCGGCUGGGCCGCCCCCGACAUCUUCUUCCUGGGCUACGCCGGGGUGGUGCGCUUUGGCGGGGUGCGCAUCGGCGGGCUGUCGGGUAUCUUCAAGGAGCCGCACUACGGGCUGGGCCACUUUGAGCGGCCGCCGUACCACGCGGGCAGCAUGCGCAGCGCCUACCACAUCCGCGAGCUGGAGGUGGGCGGCGAGGGGUGGGCGGUGCACCGCCUGCUGCGCCUGCGCCAGCCACUGGACGUCUUCCUCAGCCACGACUGGCCGCAGGGCAUCGCGCGGCACGGCGACACCAACCGCCUGCUGCAGCGCAAGAGCUUCCUGCGCAGAGAGAUUGCGGACAACUCCCUGGGCAGCCCGCCCGCGGCGCAGCUGCUGGGCGCGCUGCGCCCCGCCUACUGGUUCUCCGCCCACCUGCACACCAAGUUUGCGGCCCUGGUGGUGCACGACGCCCCGCAGCAUGCGGCGGCGCAGCAGGCGCAGCAGCAGGCGCAGCAGGCGCAGCAGCAGGCGCAGCAGCAGUACCCGACGGCCACGCGGUUCCUGUCCCUGGACAAAUGCCUGCCGGGGCGCAGCUUCCUGCAGGUGAUCGAGUUCCCGGAUGCCGAGGGCCCUCUGGAGUUCAGCUAUGAUGAGGAGUGGCUGGCGGUGCUGCGCUCCACGCACGGCCUGCUGAGCCUGCAGCGGCGGGCGGCGCCGCUGCCGCGCGGCCCGCCGCCGCCGCCCGCACCCCAGGAGCUGGCGGAGGUGCGGCGUCGGCUGGAGGAGCGCGGCGGCGCCGCCGUGCCCCGCAACUUUGUGCGCACGGUGCCGGCGUACGACCCCUCGCAGCCGCAGAUGCGUUCUGGCACCAUGCCGCAGCAAGCGGUGCGCAACCCGCAGACGGUGGCGUUCCUGGAGCUGCUAGGUCUGCCGUACAACCUGGAGCACGAGGCGGGCGGCUACGGCAGCGGCGGCGGCGGCUACGGCGGCUUUCAGGGCGGCAGCGGCGGCGGGUUUGGCGACGGCGGCUUUGCCGGCGGCAGCGGCUACGGCACGGCGCCAACAGCGUGCCGACACCGGCGCGUCAAUCAUCAUCGGGUUGCGCUGCCCGUCGUGCGCCUCGGCGGCGUGCAGAUCGCCAACUGUGAACUUCUGCCCGCCAGCAGCGACUCGCCCCGCCACCCCAUCUCCGAGACCGCGAUCCUCCACCCGCUCGCCAUGGAGAAGCUCGCACGCCGCACCCGAGCUCAGACCGUCACCAACCAUAACACACCUCGUCAAAUUCGUGCGCGCCUCUCCUUCCCGCGGCGCAAGGCGCAGCAGGAGGUGCCUGCGUCAGAUGCCCCCGCGCAGCCGGUGGCGCGCUCUAGCAGUGGCCGGAUGGCGCUGGGGCCCUGGCUGGGCUCCUUUGGCAGCAUGGGUGAGAUGGGGGGUCUGCUGGACCAGGACCCGCCCAGUCCCACCCUGUUUGCCACCUCCCAGGGGCGCGUGUUUGCCGACCUGAGCGGCGCGCCGGUGGCCUCCUCCGACCUCCUGCUCUCCACCCCCGAGGUGGUGGCGGCGCCAGCGGCGGAGCACCCGGAGGACAGCCGUGGCGGGCGCCAGGCGAUGGCGCAGGAGGUGUCGGUGCUGCGGCGCAAGGCGGAGGAGGGGCGCCAGCGCGGGCCGGAGAACCGGGGCCCGCGUGCUAACGUGGCGCGCAGGCGCUACCGCAUGAUUGGCCAGGCCCGCCGCAUGAACUGAUCAGUUCUGCGCCCCUAGGGGCCUCGCCCUCAUUUUUUCUUUGCACCAUCCGGCACGGCUCCAUAUCCACGCCCCCGGAAUUACAGUAUGCUCAAGCAGCUUCGCUACCCCUCUUUGCUGAGUCAUUUCACCUGUAGUUGUUCUUGUUGAGAAAGCACGCACGACACAAAUUUCCUUGUUCCCGUUUGGCCAGCACGCAGCUGUUGUCUUUGUAUCUUUGAUGCGCCGCAUGCCUGCACUGUGCGUGGCAUGGCAAUGAUACUGUACCCACCGAGCUGUACCCUCCGCCCUUUUCGCGCAUGCCCCUACUGCCCCUACCAUACCCUCAACCAUAGGUCCAGGUCCUGGGUCUCAUGUGCUUGAAGAGCUUUUUUAUUCAUUCUCAGUUGUAAACCACAUCAAGAUGGC